CCGUUGUUCGCUUGUUGCGGCGGUAUAAAAAAAAAUGGCCAUCGUCGGUUUCGUUGAACUAUCGGAGGCUUUUUUAUUAAACCGUCGCUUUUACUAACGAGGCGACGGAACCGAGCGACGCGAGUCGCGGCGAUGUUAGCGGCCGCAACCGGAGCUAACGGGCGGUAGUCGGGCGGAAGUCGGGCGGUAGUCGGGCGGCUCCCCGGCGCCUGCGUGCGGCUGAAGCCGAUGGGCUCCUCGGCGCGUGAAGGCGGAAGACUGCGCAUCAACAGAGGAGCGGAGAUGCUACAGAUGCUACACAGCUAACGAGCUAACUGUCGGUUCCGAGAUGCUGUUGAACGGGAACCGAUUGUCCAGGAAAUAGAGACGACAGCAGAAGCCUUUCCACUGAACGACGUCCUUCUUUAUGGAGCCACGACAACGGGACGACUUGAAGUGAGACCUCUUUAGAUUCCAGACGCAGCCCCUCACCCGGCCUCAGGAUGGCGAGCAGGAGGAAAUCCACCACCCCCUGCAUGGUUCCUCCUCGAGAGGCUGUCGACUCGGACCAGGAGAUGGAGGACGUUGCAGACGUCGCGGACGCUGCGGAGGACAGUAACGGCGUGGUGGUGGUGGCAACCGCCCCUGUGGAGGAUUGCGUUCUGUCGGAGCGCGGCGACGAGGGCGUGUCGGACCUCUACCUGGACUCGAACACGGCCGAGGGAGGGUACGAGUGCAAAUACUGCAGCUUCCAGACGUCGGAGCUGAACCUGUUCACCAUGCACGUGGACGCGGAGCAUCCCGACGUCGUCACCAACACGUCCUACGUCUGCAUGGAGUGCGACUACCACACAAAGAGCUACGACACGCUGCUGGCCCACAACGCUCGCCUCCACCCCGGCGAGGACAACUUCACGCGGACCAUGGUGAAGCGGAACAACGAGACCGUCUUCCAGCAGACGGUCAACGACCUCACCUUCGACGGCAGCUUCGUCAAGGUGGAGGACGACGAGGCGGACGAGACGUCGCGCAAGGGCAUCGCCCUCAGCAAGACGCCCAUCAUGAGGAUCAAGAGCCGACCGGAGCCCAAGAAGUUUACCGCCGCACACAAAAUGGUCUUGGACGACAUCAUCAAAGUGGAGAGCGAAGAGGACGAUGAGAACAAGGACCCGCCCACUCUGUCUCCGGCCCCGCCAGCUGCCUUCGUCACCCCUCGCCUCAUCCCCGUAUCGGCGCCGCUGCAGGUCCAGGCCGUCCCGCAGAGCAUCGUGGUCAACAGUCCCAACGUGCUGCAGAUCAAAGGAGGCUCUGGCGGUGGUGGGAUGUUGCCUCCGGGGACGCUGGCCCAGGUUCUGUCGGCCCUGCAGCAGCAGCACAACAGCGCUCAGACCCAGACUCAGCUCCUCAUCCCCAUCAGCAGCAUCCCCACCUACAACACCAACAUGGACAGCAACGUCCUGCUGGUCAGCGCCUACAACAGGUUUCCGUAUCCCUCCGUGUCCGAGAUCAUGGGCCUGUCGUCUCAGACCAAGUUCAGCGAGGAGCAAAUCAAGGUCUGGUUUUCCGCCCAGAGGCUCAAACAUGGAGUCAGCUGGACGCCGGAGGAGGUGGAGGAGGCGCGGAGGAAGAAGUUCAACGGCACCGUGCAGACCGUCCCUCAGACCAUCACCGUCAUCCCCGCCAACAUCGCUGCCAACGGCCUGCAGUCCAUCUUCCAGACAUGUCAAAUCGUCGGACAGCCGGGCCUCGUCCUCACUCAGGUGGCCGGCAACGGCAGCACCGUGCCGGUCGCCUCCCCCAUCACCCUGACGGUCGCGGGCGUCCCCGGCAACCAGCCCAAAGCGGCCGAGCCGUCCACGUCGGAAUCCAAGACGGAGUUGUCGGCCGGCGUGCCGCUCGGUCUCGACGCGGCGUCCUCGAAACCGAAGAAGUCCAAGGAACAGCUGGCCGAGCUGAAGUGCAGCUACGGCAGGAGGCAGUUCGCCACAGAGGCGGAGAUAUCGCGGCUCAUGCACGUCACCAAACUGUCCAAGCGAGCGAUAAAGAAGUGGUUCAGCGACACGCGCUACAACCAGAGGAACUCAAAGGAUCACCACAGCAUCCUGCUGAGUGACAUCACGUCCAGCAGGCCGGUGGCGUCCGGGGGCCGAGCAGCGAGGAACAGCAUCGGGAGUCUCAACGACAGCAACCACAGCAACAACACCGCCACCAUCGUCAUCGACUCCAGUGACGACGCCAGCGACUCCUCUCCGACCUCUGCCACGACCCCAGGGUCAUCUGGUACACCCCGGGACCCGCGGGUCAAAUUCCGCCACGCCUUCCCCGACUUCACGCCACAGAGGUUCAAGGAAAAGACGGCGGAGCAGUUGCUCGUCCUGGACGCCAGCUUCCAGAAGUCGGACACGCCCUCGGACGAGGAGCUGAGCCGGCUGCGGGCGGAGACGAAGCUGACGAGGCGUGAGGUGGACGCUUGGUUCACCGAGAGGCGGAAAAUGCCUUCGUCGUCAAAAGACGAAGACGUGGUAGGGGACGACGAGAAGGCGAAACCUUCGUCCUCGGCUCAGGAGGCGACCUCCCUCGGCAGGAAGGCGCUUAAGAAGACGCCGGAGCAGCUUCACAUCCUGAAGAAAGCAUUCGUCCGCUCUCAGUGGCCGACGUCCGAGGAGUACGACCAGAUGGCGGAGGACAGCGGCCUGCCGAGGACGUACGUCGUCAACUGGUUCGGUGACACGCGCUACGCCUGCAAGAACAGCAACCUGAAGUGGUACUACCUCUACCAGAGCGGCAAGGCGGACGAGGCUCUGAACGGCAGCACCAAAAAGAAGUCCAGGAAGCGUUUCCGGGGUUGGUCCAGGAGGACACGACGGCCGUACCCCUGCAAACGCUCCCCACAGGAGGGCGCCAAUGCCAUCAAGGUGAAGUCCGGCAAAACGUUCCUGAAGGACUACUACCUCAAACACCGAGUCCUGAGUGAGAAGGACCUGGACGACCUGGUGACCAAGUCCAGCAUGAGCUACGAGCAGGUGAGGGACUGGUUCUCCGAGACCAGCAGGAGAGCGGAGGAGGGCAAGGAGCCCUUCAGUGGGGAGGAGGGCGAGGAGGAGGAGGAGGAGGAGGAGGAAGGAGAAGAAGAAGAGGAGGAGGAGGAGGAGGAGGAGGAGGAAGAGGAGGAAGAGGAGGAAGAGGAAGAGGCGGCGGCAGCAGAUCACAGAGACAACGAGGGAGAGAUGGAGGUGAAGGAACAAGGAGAGGAGGCUUCAGAUGACCAUUGCAAGGAGGAGGAAGAAGAGAAGGAGAAGGAAGAGGAGGAGAAGGAGGAGGAGAAGGAGGAGGAGAAGGAGGAGGAGGAGGAAGAAGAAGAAGAGGAGGAGGAGGAGGAGGAGGAGAUCCAGGCGGAAGCUGAAGGUGUCAGCCAAUCACAGCCUCCGACAGAGGAGCAGACAUGACCCGACAGAGUUGUGGCGUCGCCUCCCCGCCGCGCCCACGACUCAGACGGAGAUGUUCCACGUACUGUCAGUGUUUCUCAGCCGGCGGGUCGCGACCCAAAGACGUGACACUGAGGCGACGUUGAACUUUGGGUCUUUGACGAAGCGGAGAAUCACUGAGACCACGGAGCUGAAACUAAAAGGACGAAUCGUCGGGGACUUAAAGUUGGAGCUGAUGAACCGCGGGGACCGACUCCACGUGAGAGGCGACGCCGCGAGAGUAAGUUCCAUCUCCCGUACGAGUAACGAGACUUUUAUUGUGGCGAGAACGACGGGGGGCUUUUACUUUUUUGGCCUUUUGUCACUUUUUUCUUACAACAACAAUGAAAAAAAUCUGCGUUUUGAGAUAAACUUUGUACAAAGGAAGAAGAAGAGGUGAGACCUCGUUGUUUAAGAAGCUUUUUUCAGAAUAACAGAGGAAACUUUUUGUCAAGAGAACGACUUUGUGACAGGAAAAGGUUUUUAAAUCCACAUUGUGUUUUUUUUGUGAAUAGACUCAAAUUAGUGCCAUUCUGUUUAUAACUUUUAACACCCCCCCCCCCCCCCCCCCAAAAGAAAAAAGAGAGUGCUGGAAUAAAUUCCAAAUCAACAUUUUAACUCUUUGUGAUUUGUCAAAGUCUGGCGGACGUAUAACGGAACUUCGGUCCACUGUUGGAUUUCGACGCUGUGUUUGAGUUCUUCUGUUGAAGAUGACAAUGUUUUUUUUCGUGUGUGCAGAUGUUUUGGGUCCGUUCAGUUUCAACGACAUCGACCGAGUCUGGAGUUUUUUCCUACAAACGCAAAAAACCUCCGCUGAAACCAGAGACGUGGUAGAAAAACAGAAACAAAAGAGAAUCCACCUUCAACCUCAUCUGACGACGUCCGAGUGGCGUUAACAUGACGUCAGACGAUAAAUAAUCUGAACUCGUGCUGAUUGUUGAGGUCGGUUUUAGAACCAGACUCGUGGAUUUUUUGGGGGGGGGGGGGGCGGGCCAAUGCCCAUAUUAGGGAGAUUACAGAUACUUAUAUAGAAAAAAGAGGCAACGAUUUCUAAAAUGUGGUUAUUGAACCCGUAUGACAAAGAAGAAAUGUGGACAUUUUUACAGUUUUAACCAUAAACUUUAUUAUAAAUAACUAUGAACAUAAGCAAAAGCACAAACGCAGCCAAAUAUAAAGGACUUGAAUUAAGAAAAUAAAUGAAAAGCAAAUAUUUUCUGCCUUGUUUACUAUUCUGUGAAAAAGUUUUUCAUAUCGGAAUAAUUAUGUUUGCCGAAGUUAUACAAAAAUUAAAGAUGUUUGAAAAGGUGGAUCCUUCUGUUUUCAUCCACUCGCCGUUUGUUUCUUCUUCGGUUGAUCGACUUGAAAAAGAUUCCGUUCGUGUCCUCGUGCAAAAAAAUAAAAUAAAUAAUAAAUAAAUAAAAACAAAGGCAUGUUCGCUCUACUUCAGGAAACAGGCAACUUUACCUCAGAGACUUCAGCUACGAACUCGGAGAGAUUGUGACAUUUGCACUUAACGACAGUUUAAAAAAAAAUAAAGAUAAAGAUAAAUACCGUGUGCAUGAAAAUACAAGUAGACAAUGAUAAUAAUAAUUUUGUCUUUUCGGAAGAAGGAGCUUCUUUACUCGUCUUCGCCAAAGUAAGUGAAUCACUUUCAAAGAGAGAAAAAAUACGGGUGAAACCGGUCGACGGCGACUUUCAGGUUUUCCACGAGAAUCACAGACGAUAUUUUAGGGACGAGGAACCAGACGCACUCGGCUCGGCGCCGCGGGACUUUUUAACUUUUUCAUACGUGCGGGGGAAAAAUAAAAAAGAAUAAAUAAGCUUUUAUUUUGCUUCUCUCUCUCUCUCUCUCUCUCUCUCUCUCUCUCUCUCCCUCGUUAUGCAAACGUCACGGAACAAUCAACCAUCAGAGCGGGAAACUGGAAAAAUCAACGUCUCUGAUGUGAUUAUUAUUUACAUUUUUUUAAUGAUUUCAUCCGUCACGUGGAUCCUGAUACGAAACUCUGUCGUUUGACAACGUUUCGCCUUUUUUCUGCCAUUUUCUUAAACAUUUUCUUUAAUAGCCAACAGUUGUUCCUAGUUAAUUUAUUUAUUAUAUCAUGGAUAAAUUUCUUUUGUCUGCAAGCAAAAUAAAUGAAAAAUGAAAAAAAAAA